CCUCCGCCAUUGGUUGGGCUCCAGGCAUCUGACUCGGGCGGCAGGGCUAGUAGGGAGCUUCAAGGAUGGCGGCGUCCGCGGCGCUGAUCCUGCGGGAGAGCCCCAGCAUGAAAAAAGCAGUGUCCUUGAUAAAUGAAAUAGAUAUAGGAAGAUUUCCACGACUGCUCACCCGAAUUCUUCAAAAACUUCACCUGAAGGCUGAAAAUAGUUUCAGCGAAGAAGAGGAAGAAAAACUUCAAGUUGCAUUUUCUCUAGAGAAACAAGAUCUUCACCUAGUUCUUGAAACAAUAUCAUUCAUUUUAGAACAGGCAGUGUAUCACAACGUGAAGCCGGCCGCUUUGCAGCAGCAGUUGGAGAACAUUCAUCUUAGACAAGACAAAGCAGAAGCUUUUGCCAGUGCUUGGUCUUCUAUGGGUCAAGAAACAAUUGAAAAAUUCAGGCAGAGGAUUCUUGCUCCCCACAAGCUCGAGACGGUCGGAUGGCAGCUUAACCUUCAGAUGGCUCACUCUGCCGAAGCAAAACUAAAAUCUCCUCAAGCUGUGCUACAGCUGGCAGUGAGCAAUGAAGAUUCGAAGUUUCUGGGCUUGAGACCAGUUCCACAUCUGAUUUUAUGAACCAGCAAUGAGACAAUGGCAGUAAAGUUUAAAUCAACAUAUUGAUUCAAUUAAUUGUGUUUCACAUAAGUCACUUAACAGUCAUAUUUGUUAUUCAGUGGUAUGUUUGUCAUAAAGUUAAUAUGUUUCAACAGUUUUUAAGGAUUGUAUUAUUGCUAUUUUUUCAAAUUUGAUUUUAUGAAUAGUGAUACUAUAUAUUACCCCAAACUUCCCUAAGCAAUUGUAGUUGAUCCUUUUUACUCAUGCCUUCUUUUCGUGGGGGGAGCAUAAUUUUUACUUUCAGACAUCUAGUUUUCAUUAUCUUGCAGCUUAUUGAUAAUUAUUCAGUUGUUGAAAUAAUUGAAAAAAAAAAAGCAUUUUAUCUUUUAGUUUGUAAGGAAUCCUUUGAACUUGAAGCAGAAACUGUCUUUUUGAAAUUCACUACAUGGAUUAGGUUUUCUUAAUUAAGCACUGAGUGUCAUAAUAGUAAAUUUUUACCCUUCAGGUAUAAAAAUGACUGAUUUCCCAUUUGUAGACAAUUUAUAUUGAAUUGAAAUGCUGUGAAGUUUUAAAUUCUGUGUGAAUCUCAGAAAAUUAGCUCUUCUAUUAUACAAGUGAGCAGGUAAGGUUUUUGUGUAUAAUUUUAUUCACCAGAUGGAAGUAGUCUCGUUGAAAAAAUUUAAAAAGCAGUCCUGCGUAGGGUAAGACGGAGGCCUGAGCACACCUGUUGAUUUUCCGGUCCCUCCUGAGACGUCACUGAAAUAGACGUGUAGAAGCACAGAAAGGAUAGAUUGAUGAAGCAAAGAAAACCAGAGACUCGCUAGUACUUGUUAAGUUUUCAACAAAUGACUGGGAGAAGGAAAGAUGGGAGGGAGACGACUGAUGGAACAAGCUGUGCGGAGGCUAUGAGGAGGUGAGAGGAAACUGACCAGCCUGUCUGAGCCUGAAAGAGCCCCUGGACUGAGAAUCUGCCAAGUAUGAAGCCGGGCAGGAAAAGAGACAGAGCUGAAACAGGAGGCUUAAUCAGAGGUCUGUCCGUGAAACCAGAGCAGUCGGCUCCCUGCUGCACUUCUCAUCCCCAGGCCAGAAACCAGAGCCUCAUCUCAGAAGGAAGGCAGUGAACCAUGUGGGAAGGAGCAAGGUUUCUGUUGUGCGUCUUGGCACUCUGCAAGUAAGUCUGCACUAUCCUGGCCUUUGAGGGACUGCAGCCUCUCAGCUGGCUUCCUGCACGCUCACUGUGGCUCUGGAGUGAGGCUUGCCUGUGUCCAAACACGCUGAUGUAUCCAGCGCUCGAGUUAAUGCCGCCAAGGAGGCAAGAAGACAGAUGAAAUCUGUUCCCAUUAUUAUGUUUGUCUAUUGUCCCUGAAGCCCUCAUACUAUUACAAGUGCUUACAUUUCUAUGUCCUUAUCAUCAUUUUCAUUGUUCAUUGAAUAUUUGUCUGCAGUGUGACAGAUUUUUCACAAAUGGAAGCAGAUUUUAUUUUCAAGAGUAUCUCACUUUUGGUAACUCAGAAAGCUACCAAAAACUGCUUUUUUCUCCCAAGAUGUUUUAAUUUUGCUAAUAUAUUAGUGGGGUAUGAUUUAGGAACAGUUAGUCUUUAUAUUUAAUAAUCUUAGCUUAAAUUUAAUGAUAGCAUAGGCUAACAUUGAUAUUUAAUAAUGUGCACAUAUUAUUCAGAUUUAUUUGGCCUCUUGGGUUAUAUCAUUUUUUUUGCCUAUAAGAGAUAUAGAAUGCUUUAUUAAAGCAAUGAGAAAUGUUGUUCUCCUUAAGUGGAAGAGAAGAACAUAUUUCUUGUCUUUAAAACAUUUAGUAAUGUGAAUUGGGUUGUAGUGUUCAGAAAACUGCAGUUAGACUCAAUCUUAAUUUUUCUCAUUUUCUUAAAUUUUCAUGGAUAUGCAUACGGACUUAUUUUUGUAUUCAUUUUCAACUAAAUAAAUUAGUCUAACUAUGCAUGACUGAAAUUACCUUCUAUAAAAAUUUCCAAAAGCAUUUGAGAAAUAGCCCAAGGGUGGUUAAGUCUAUCAUAUUUUACUUAAAUUUUACAUUUUAUUUAAAUGUGCCUAGCUUCUGGAUGGAUAUAUGAUCAGAAGAAAGAAUCUCAAACUUAAUGAAAGUUAAUUAUACUAUUGUAAAAGUCCAAAAUGAGCUUGUAUCACUGAAUGAGACUGACCUUGGAGACUAGUGGAGACUUCAAGUGGUAGUUUCCAACUUCCAUUCAUUUUGGAGUUAUUAAGUGUAUGAAAAAUAUAUUAUAGCUGUUCCUGAAGGUCAAUAAACAUGGACAUGGUCAUGCUGAAGUA